UGCAUCCUCGACACACACCGACCAUGGCCCUCGAUGAUGACUCGCCUGCAUCGAUCCAGGAUGGAGGUGGCAGUGGCACCAACGCUGGGAAGCGGAAGAACGACGACCCCCAGCAGCACCAGAAGCAGAAGCGGAACCGCUACAUCUCUAUAGCUUGCAACGAGUGCAAGCGACGCAAGAUCAAAUGCAACGGCCAAACCCCAUGCCAGCGCUGCGGCAACCUCGCCCUCGACUGUGUCUACGCUCCCAACUGCUGCACCUCCAACUUCAAGGACACGGACGAAUUCCGCACCAUGUCCAACCAGAUCGCCUCUCUCCAAGACCAAGUCAAUGCUCUCUUUGCCAGCAUGAAUACUCUGCGAGCUGAUCUCGCCCACCAACAACCACCCAUCGACCCUUUUUUGCAGCACCAACCCAUCGUUUCCCACGAACAUGUUGCUUCCACCGAUGUCUCCCGUAGAAAGAGUGUGUCAGCUAGACCGGCUUUCAGAGAUGACAUGCACAUCAUGUAUCCCCUCCUAUCCAUACCAGAUCUCGUAGCCUACGUGAAUAAGCUCUUCACUUUUAUGGAAUCUGCCCAAAGAACUGGUCUUAUGAUGAGAUCUGCUCCCGGAGCCGACUCCAUCGACGACGAAGAGACCAACAUACUCAAGAUAGUAAUGGCCACCGCCAUGGUUGUUGAAGGUUCUGGAAGAAGCGAGCUGGGACGUGCCAUGUACGAUUAUGUGCAACCCUCCAUCGAUGCUCUCUUGCUUGGUGACACCGGCUUGAGAAGCGUCCAGUUGCUUGCACUCACGUUCCACUGCGACAAUGAAGGCAUAUCAUGGCGCAUUAUAGGCUUGACAGCUCGCUUCUGCAUUGAACUAGGUUUACAUCGCAGAGAGACUUACGACCGCAUGGACGAAGAGCAACGCACCAUGGCCACACUUACAUUCUGGUCAGUCUACUGUCUCGACCGCAGAUGGAGUUUUGGGACCGGAAUGCCCUUUGCUCUGCAGGAUUCUGAUAUCGAUCCGAAUCUACCAAAACCAGUGAGUCAUGACACAUUUGAUAGUAUUGAC